AUGGAGCCUCAGCUGAGGUGCCCGCCAUCACGAGUUCGAGUCCCCGGCCACCCGGGCUGCUUUAAAUGAUAUAGCUUCAACUCACCGUCUUCACUCCUCUCCACCACCGUCUUCUCUCCUCCCCACCACCGUCGAUUCUUACACUUCUCUCCACCACCGUCGAUUCUUAAGCUCUUCUCUCUUCUCGGUGAAGCUCGGCAAUCAACUGAGGGAGAAAUCAUAAGCGGAUCUAUCUCCAGCAGCCUUGGCCCUUGCGACUCCGACCUCCAGCCAAUGCAGCCAUUUCCUUUUCCCGAAGCAAUCUUUCGAUUGCUCCUUGCAUGCGAAAUCAGAGAACUCAUACCCUGUUUAUGUUUCUUCUUAGCUUCCGGCGAAGCUCGAAAUGGGACUCCCCAGGCUUUGGGAAAAAUUGAGGAAUUGCAGGUCUGGUUUGAGCAACAGGCGGCUCUCAGUUUCUUCUCCGUCGGAGGUACCUUAUGUUGCCAAGGACCUCGGCAAUAG